UGUUGCUAUUGGUAAUCUCUCUUGGAACAUACCUGAUACUACUCAAUCUGCCACUAGCGAGGGUUUCCGAAGAUGACGACGAUACGCAGAUUCUGCUGCAACGAUCUUCUACGCUUUGCCUCCGUCAAUCUUGACCAUCUCACCGAAACCUUCAACAUGUCCUUCUACAUGACCUAUCUUGCAAGAUGGCCAGACUAUUUUCAUGUUGCUGAAGGUCCUGGAAAUCAAAUAAUGGGUUACAUUAUGGGUAAAGUAGAGGGGCAAGGAGAGUCUUGGCAUGGUCAUGUAACUGCAGUAACAGUUGCUCCAGAGUAUCGCAGGCAGCAGUUAGCCAAGAAACUUAUGAAUCUGCUGGAAGACAUCAGUGACAACAUUGACAAGGCUUACUUUGUUGAUCUCUUUGUGAGAGCAUCAAAUGCGCCAGCCAUCAAGAUGUAUGAUAAGCUUGGCUAUGUGAUUUAUCGACGGGUGCUACGGUACUAUUCUGGGGAAGAAGAUGGUUUAGAUAUGAGGAAGGCUUUGUCUCGUGAUGUUGAAAAGAAGUCCGUUAUCCCUCUUAAACGGCCAGUGACUCCUGAUGAAUUAGAAAUCUCGUCAUCACGUUCUUAUCCCUUGGGUUAUGGUCGACUAGUAUAUUGAUUACGCAUUUGCUGAUAGUGGACGAAGAAUAUUAGAAAGACUAUCGUGACAUUACAAUGAUCAGGAAAUUUCAGGACUUAAAAUGCACAUUUGUGGGUAUAUUCCAAUGUAAUGCCCUUGCACACACAAACCGAUUGAAAAGGAAUAUAUACUGUGAAUCUAUUUGAAGUCAGACUGUUUAGCCUG